AUAAAAGAUACGAUGCAAUAUUAAUGCAAAAAGAAAGCAUGAUUUGAAAUUUUAUUAAAUAUUAUAGGCUCUUCUAUUUGUAUAAGAUGGGUUGUUGUUAAAACAGGCUUUUGUUGGAAUAUUAAAAGAAUGAGCUUCAAAAAUAUAAAGCAAAGAGAAAUAAAAUAAAAUUGGAGCCCUUAUGUAUUUCUGUAAUUGGUGAUUCAGAAGGAUUGGAUAUGAUGGAUGACUUAUUGAAAAUAAAAUAGACUUCUUUAAAAGAAACAUAAUCUCAAAUUAAUUAAAAGAUGCCUUCAGAAUCAGUCAUCAUAGAUUUAAGAUCUGGGACAUCUUUGGCAAGUCCAUAAAGAGAAAAAUCAAGUAAGAACCUUAAUUAGAGGUUUCUUUAAAUGUUAUGAUUAUACUAAUAAUAUAAAAUAUAUGCUCA